CAAAAAACAAUAUGGCUGCCAGAUUAACUACUCUAUCUAUAAAUGCUGUAAAAAGGCAAAUUUUACUGCCAUCGAAGGCGAAAGCAGUAAAACCAAUGGUGCAACAACGUACUGUGUUUACUGAGACUGGUGCAAUAUGUCCUAAACCGGAAAUUACACGUCUGGGUGUGCUGAAAGUAAUGGCGUUGAUCAUUCCGUGUAUGACAUUGGGUGGAUACAUCAGCCGAGAGUUCGCAUCCUUGCUGGAAGAACACGAUAUAUUCUUCCCUGAUGAUGACGAUGACUAAAGUCUGAUGAACGUUGUUAUGUCUGUGAUAAUGAUUUAGAUAGAUCGUAGUAAAGAGUAGUGUAGUUUUGCUCGAGUUUUAUAAGUUUUCAACAAUAUUAGAAGUCAGAAAUAGUUGUGAACUGCUGCUAAAUGAAGUAAUCAGAGACCAUGGGAAUGCUUUGAAAGUAAAUCUUCUAGCCAUGAAUAUAAAUAAGCUGAAAAUUACUUAGAGGAAUUAGUACAAGUGGAAACUGGAAUCUUUCAAACAUAGGCACUUGAUGUUGUUGCUAAUUUUGGUUAGGAGUAUAUGAAUCAUAUCAAAAGGCUAAUAUUAAAUAGAAGUAGAAAUAGAGUAUAGACUGUGUUCAGAUAACUUGGGAAACAUUAUCAACACUGCCUUGUGUGUUACACAGAUUCCGAAUAUUCUGCUAUCAUAUUGAUACUUAUAGUGUGUUUAUGAUCAUAAAAUCAUUCGAUACACGUACACGCUCUCAGUACUGUUGCAAAAUGACAUUACUCGCACUUACACUUAGUUUGGUUUAAUG